UUAUAAAUAAUGCAACAACAAGAAAAAUAAUAGGAAUCCAGUGAUGAAGAAAUUGAAGUAUAAGGAUAAGGAGAAUAAAAUUAACAACAAUAAUAAUAACUGAAUGUUGUACAAAAGCAAACUCAAUAUAAUUAACAAUUGUUGGAUAAAUUAAAUAAGCCACAUUAAUUUUGGGAAACGCAACCAAUACCAAAUAUAAAUGAUAUGGAUUCCUUAAAACCUGGUCCAAUUUAAGAAGGAGUUUUAGAAGAUGUUAGAAAGGAUCCAUAUAAUUUAAUCUCAAAAUUUGAAUGGUGUAAUAUUGAUUUAAGAAAUGAUGAAUAAGCUUAAUAAGUAUUUAAAAUUUAAAUAGAAGGUAUAUGCAUUAUUGAAAGAGAAUUAUGUUGAAGAUGAUGACAAUAUGUUUAGAUUUGAUUACUCAAUUGAUUUUUUGAGAUGGGCAUUAUUACCUCCAGGAUAAUAUCCUGAUUGGAUAGUAGGUGUUAAAGUAAAUUAAAAGUUGGUUGGAUUUAUAACAGGAAUUCCAGUUACACUUAAUAUAGAGAAUCAAUAAACAAAAAUAAAGAUGACAGAAAUAAAUUUUUUGUGUGUUCAUAAAAAAAUAAGAGCAAAUAGAUUGGCUCCAGUUUUGAUUAAAGAAAUAACAAGACGAGUUCAUAUUAAAAAUAUGUGGCAAGCAGUUUAUACAGCUGGAAUAGUUGUUCCAACUCCAAUCUCUUAAACUAGAUAUUAUCACAGAAGUUUGAAUGCUAAAAAAUUAAUUGAAGUUGGAUUUUCAUCUCUUUCUGCAAGAUAAACAAUUUCAAGAUAAUAAAAACUUUAUAAAUUACCUGAAGAAACAAAAACAUAAGGAUUAAGAUCAAUGAAAAAAAAAGAUGUAGCUUAAGUUACUAAAUUACUAAAUGAAUAUUUAAAGUAUUUUAAAUAUCUUUUAUUAUUAGAAAAUUUAAAUUGUAUUUUAAAUAUACUGAAGAUGAAGUUAAACAUUGGUUUAUACCAAGAAAGGAUGUUAUAAGCACAUAUGUAGUAGAAAAAGAAUAAGGAAUAAUUACAGAUUUCUUAUCUUUUUAUAAUCUUCCAAGUUAAGUGAUUAAAAAUCCUAAAUAUACUCAUUUAAAAGUACUUUACAUUUUAAUAUAUAAUUAAAGGCAGCCUACUCAUAUUAUAAUGUAGCAACAUAAACUCCAAUUGUAUAAUUAAUGUAUGAUGCAUUGAUUUUAGCAAAAAAUGAAGGUUAUGACGUAUUUAAUUGUUUAGAUAUUAUGGAAAAUGAAAAAUUUUUGAAAGUAUAUGGUUUUUUGAUAUUGAAAAGGAAUUAAUGUUCUGUCCAGGUGAUGGUUAAUUGAAUUAUUAUCUAUAUAAUUGGAAAUUAGAAAGUAAUAUGCUUAAACCAGAAGAAAUAGGAAUUGUUCUUGUAUGA